AUGGCAACAACAAAAAGUCCAAAUGAAGAUUUUAGCAUGGAUGAUUUCGAUGCGCUUUUAGCUGCUCUCAGUCCUGAAGAUCUCGAAAAAGUCAAUGAUCUUAUCGAUCCAGAAAAUUCAUUUUUACCAGCAAGCGACCGUUGUAAACCACAGACAACUAAAACUGCCACUGGUCCAUAUGAUCGUUCGAAACUUCUUGAAUUUCUCACUGAACAAGGAAAAAAUGAGAAAGACUGGGAUCAUUAUCAAUCGUAUACGCCAGGUGAGAAGAAAGGUAAAGUUUGGCAAGCACCUUCUGUAACAAAAUCAACACAAGAAGACGACGAAUUUAUUGUCAGUACAGAAUGGGAUGAUGUAUUAGCAAAUGCAAGUGAAUCAGAAAUUGUUGAACUUGCCGCUAUACUUGGCUUUACUGGUUUAAUCAAUCAAGUGCAAUACCACGCUGCCUUAACUGAUAAGGGUUUACCAUCAAAUACGGGCGGAUGGAACGCUGCGGCUAGAGGUGAACCAUUGAAAAUUCUUCCACCAGAACCUGAUAAUACCACUGAUAUUGAAGAUUGUAUAAAAAAAGCUAAAGCCAACACACCAGAAUUCACACGUAUUAAUAUAAAUAAUAUCAAAGAAGUUAGCGCAGAUAUACUCAAAGAAUUAAUUAAUUCACUCAAAGAAAAUACACAUGUAAAAACUCUCGAAAUGGCUAAUGUUGGCUUGACGGAUAGUAUUGGUCGAGUGCUUGCAGAACUUAUCGAAGCUAAUUCAACAUUAAAAACUGUUAACGCUGAAUCAAAUCGUUUAACAGGAUUAGUUAUCAGUGAAAUCGUACGAAGUACAUUAAAAAAUCAAACAUUACUGGAAUUACGUUUGUCAAAUCAACGUUCGCAAAUAUUGGGUAAUCGAGUUGAAAUGGAAAUAGCUGAUGCUAUAUCUCAAAAUGAUACUCUUCUCCGAUUGAAUCUACAAUUCGAUACACUUGGACCACGUGUUCGUGUUACGGAAAAACUUAAACAAAAUCUAGACGUUUUACGCAAACAGCGCUUAAAUCAAAAACAAUAA